AGAUAGAUGAAAAGGGUUCCAUAUGCCCUAAGAGGGGUUCUUCAGAACCUUUAAAAAAAAAAAGGCUUCUAAAAGUGUUUGUGGGUGAAAGCCAGAAUAAUCGUUUUUUUCUAAGAGUGCAUUUUCCCACUCCAAAUUAAAUCCGCCUCACUCACUACAUCAGUUGACCAACCACCCACGUAACCAUUAUUUACUAUAUAGGCCAAAUGCGGAGCUGCUGUGAGUAAAUCCAAAGAGAUUGGAGAAGCCUGGCUGUGAUUGGACACUGUUAUGUCCUUGUUGAUCUCCUAGCUGGACACAUGCUUGUCAUGCCCUCAUUUGCAAGUAUUGUACACCCUGACACGAGAGUGAUAAUCGCUCUGAUUGUCGCUCCACUCUGCGCUCCAAGCCCAGCCUUUCAGCCCAGCAUCAUGCGGAUGUUACUGGAUAGCGGUUGGAUGAAGUUCGGGCCAGCGGGCAGAGGUAGCCUUGACUGGGUCCCUGGAUCUGGGCCGUCGCCGCUCCCCUCUCUCGACAAACAUGCUCAGGGUGACCACUGGAAUGAGUUGACCCCCAGUGAGGACAUCAUGAGCAAAGAGUUCAUCCUUUACAUAGUCGUAGCAACAACUUCCCUCCUUUUCAUCAGCCUCGUUGGCUUCCUGGUCUACAGGAGGUGCUCUACCAGCAAGUUGGCUCUGACCAACAUCAUCGCCCUGGACCUGGAGGAGCUCCAAGAUCUGCAGGACCUCCAGGACGCAGAGAGCAGCACUGACUUCCUGUCCUCACUGGCCUUGCGCAGAGACCAGAUGCCCAGCUGCAGCUCUGAGACGGAUAUGUCUGAUGGAGUCUUCCUCAUGGUCUACCUGCCAACGCCCUAUGAGGAGACCCUCACUAAGUUAGCCCGGGCUGCUAGCAUCCGAAGCUCCAAAGGUGUGGAUCGAUCUGUUAGUGUCCGAAGCUCCAGAGGUGUUGAUAGAGCUGAAGGCACUAGAACCAGAGGUUUGAAUCGAGCUGCCACUGUCAGAAACUCCAGAGAUGUGGAUCCCCCUAAGAUAGACCGAUCUGCCUCUGUCAGAAGCUCCAGAGGUGUGGAUGGAGCUGCCAGCAUCAAUAGCGCCAAAGGCGUGGAUCCAUCUGCUUGUCAAGGGAGGACAGAUGAAACCCGGACAGAUGAAGACCCAGUGAAGGAACAGUCCAAGGACUAAGGGCAGGAUUCAAUCAGAUAGCUCCUUUCUGGCUAUGCACCAUUUUAAGCAAACGUUACCGCGGUCGCGGAUAUCGCAUUCAACGCAGAUCUUCCGCGGUCCGGAUUCAAUCCUGGCCAGUAUCAAAAUAACAAUAUUUGUUUGUGAGAGGACGAAGGAGCAUGCAUCUCUGGAUCUUCAUUCCUUCAUUUCUUGCUGCCAGAAACUGAAACCAUAGAGCAGCUUCUCUUUGUGAUUGUAAAAUGUACCUUUGUAGCCUGGUGAAACAGUCUGUUUGUGCUCUUGCUAACUCCUCUCUGUAUUCCUUCAUUGUCAUACUAAACAAGUAUGGCAUAACAGAAGAGUUGGCAACAGCACAUACAGUAUGAGACCAGGAUUCCUCCUAGGCUAUGUGUCGUACAGUAUAUUGUGCAGUUUUUCAUGCUAUAGUGUUAAGCAAUGCAUGGAGGUCACUGGUCAGAAUUACUCAGAAUAAGCCGAUCAAGAUGAUUCUGUUACUGUAUGUGUUUGAUACUAUUUAACACCUGUCAGAGGAUCUUUGAUAGUUGCAGAACUGUCUAUAAAGCUAUUUAUUCUGUCAUUUGGUAAUGUUUAAAAAAGGAUAGAGAAUAGCUUGCUAUUCUUAAUUAUGGUUUGAUUAUUCAUAUCAUUAUUAUAAGACUAUAUUAUUCAUAAUGUAAUUACUCCCUUCCUGGACUGCACAUAGUAAGCUGUAUAGUAUAUAUAUAAUAAUGAUCAAGGAAAAUGAAAUACCAAAUGUAAAUAUGAGUGGUCUAUUUCAGAUAUUUCUUUAAAUGUUUUUCAUUAACUGAACUGAGGAAAGUAAGUGAAAUUUGAUAGUCCAACUAUAAAAAUGUAUCAAGUACCAUGUACAAUUAAUUGUAAACACAUUAAAGUCUAUUUUGUCAUCUAA